AUGAGCACCCUCGUCGAAAAAACGCGAAGCGCCGCUUUGAAGCGGAACCUCCUUCGGCAAAUGCUCCAGGCGAACGUCUUCAAAUUCGGAGAGUUCCAGCUCAAAUCCGGACAAAUUUCACCGAUUUACAUCGAUCUCCGCGAGUGCUUCGGUCACUAUCAACUCUUGGUUCGUUUCAUCCUUUCUAAUUCAGAAAAUAUUCAACGUUCUGUUUCAGAUGCUCAUUUCGGAAGCAUUAUCGCUGUCGGUCGAAGCCAACGGAACAGAGUAUGAAGGAGUUCUCGGAAUCCCGUACGCCGCCCUUCCCUAUGCUUCCGUGGCAGCCGGGCAAUACUUGAGGAAGCCUUUGCUGAUUGUGCGAAAAGAGGCGAAGGCGUACGGAACAAAGAAACUGAUCGAAGGACUUUAUCAGAAAGGAGAUCGUCUUAUUCUCAUCGAAGACGUCGUGACGACUGGCGGAAGCAUUCUGACUGUCGUCGAAACUCUCACCGCGGAGGGACUCGUUGCGUCCGAUGUGUUCUGCAUUCUGGACAGAGAGCAGGGUGGACGUCAGAAGCUGAAGGACGCCGGAAUCAAUUUGCACAGUCUUCUCGACAUGAACACUGUGCUCACAUUCUUGUACUCGACGGGAGCCGUCUCCGAGGAGCAAUGGCACGGAAUUGUGAAAGUAAGCAGGAAUCUAGAUUGAAAUGCCAAAUACCGAAUAUCAAUGCUUCAGGCUCUAAAUCUGCCCUACGACAGGCCGAUCAAAUUGGAAAUCGGGAACGAAAUCGAGGAUCUGGACAGUCUUCCGUUCGUCGAUUCUUUCCGCACGCCGUUGAAAGACCGCGAAUCGCUCACAGCUUCGCCAUUGAACAAAAAGAUUAUGUCCAUCAUGCGCAACAAGAAAUCGAAUCUGUGUCUCGCCAUCGACUACACGACUACUGAGAAGGUGCUUCAGUUGGCCGAAGUCGCCGGUCCGUUCGUGAUGGCCAUCAAGAUCCACGCGGAUAUCAUCACCGAUUUCGAUGAAGAAUUCACGCGUAAGCUGACGACGCUGGCCAACGACAUGGACUUUGUCAUCUUCGAAGACCGAAAAUUCGCCGACACUGGAAACACGACUGUUCUCCAACUGAAAGGAUUCCAGAAGAUUGCAACGUGGGCGGAUGUCGUGACUGCUCAUGCCGUGCAAGGUGCCGACAGCAUCUCUGGAGUCUUCCGUGAGCUUAUCAAUGAUCCCGCGUAUCGUCUCAGCGGAGUGCUUCUCAUCGCUCAAUUGAGCACUAAAGGAUCACUCACUGCUCUUCCUGGAUACGCGAACAGUGUCGCCGAGAUUUCGGUUCAGAAUCGUGACGUCAUUUCUGGAUUCAUCGCUCAGACCAGAGUUUGCGAACUCUCCGACUUUUUGAACUGGACUCCAGGAGUGAAUCUCGAUGCGAAGUCGGAUUCUGCAGGACAGCAAUGGCGAGGAGUCGACGAGGCGAUCGACGUUCAGCAGAACGACAUCAUCAUCGUCGGAAGAGGAGUCACGUCGUCGAGCGAACCGGUCCAGCAGCUCAAGAGAUACCGUCAAAUUGCUUGGGACGCAUUGACGAAGAACGACGAAACUGUCAACUAA